CGCAGUAGUUCUGUUUAGUAUAGUUUAGACUUAAGCACAGUAAUGGUUAAUUUUAGCAGUUGUCUAUAUUUUUUAUAGUGCCUGGUGUUUCAGUUCACUUUACCGAUGUAGUUGGUUCUUCUUUGCGAAGAUAAUAUAAAUGUUGAAUAUGUAUAGUAUGAAUUAGUAAUAGUGACAAUCUCCCACCCAGGAAUGGGUACCCUGAUGAGGGAUAACCGACUGACCCGCACGCAAAGUUUGGCAUGUGGAGGAGUUGCUGGAGUUGUGAGCAGGACAACAACAGCACCCCUGGAUGUGGUCAAGGUUUUAAGCCAGGUGGGCACUUUCCAUUGCAAGAAGGGAUUUCUCAAGACUUUCCAAACGGUGUACGAAACUGAGGGUCUAAGGGCUUUUUGGAAAGGCAACUUUGUUGCUUGCUUCCGGCUUGUGCCUUACAGUGCAAUACAACUGUCAGCAUACAACAAAUUUAUUAAUCUGUUUAUGGAUGAUCUUGGACAAGUAACACAGUGGGGUGUGGUCGUAGCAGGAAGUCUGGCAGGUAUUGUUGCAACAAUUCUGACCUAUCCAACUGAUGUCAUCAAAACACGAUUGAUAGUGCAGGACAGCUGUGAUCCUACAUACCGUGGAUUUCUCCAUGCCUUUCACUUAAUUUACAAGAAAGAAGGGUUUUUAGCACUUUUCCGAGGUGCUUCAUUGACUGUACUAGGUGCUGUCCCCUUUUCUGCUGGGUCUUUCUUUGUCUAUACAAACCUGGACAAGUUGUGGAACAAGCCCAGUACUCGAAUGUCUCCGCUUCAGAAUUUCACUAGUGGUUGCGUAGCUGCUGGAGUUGCUCAAACACUUUCAUUUCCUUUUGAAACAGUCAAGAGAAAAAUGCAGGCCCAGAGUCCUUUCCUGCCACAUUAUGGAGGAGUUGAUGUCCAUUUUACAGGAAUAAUUGACUGCUUCAGGCAAAUCGUGAAGGUAAAAGGAUGGCUAGGUCUGUGGAGUGGAUUAACAGCAAAUCUGGUAAAGAUUGUUCCAUAUUGUGGAUUAAUGUUCUGCACCUUUGAAUUUUGUAAGCGUGUGUGCCUCUACAGAAAUGGGUACAUUUUAUCACCAUUAAGUUACCAGCCAAUACCUGGAGUGGAUCAAUCUCUGCACCCUCAGGAACUGCAGGAACUAAGAAAGUUUCUACUUAGAAGGAAGAACUUUGAUACUAACAAAUCGACUUUGAGUAACUGUCGAGAGCUGUGAAGCGACCUCAUUAAGAGAACAGUCUUCUUAUCCAUUAGCGACACUGAUGCCGGGAAGAAGUAACGAGAUUGUUUACUGUGUUCAUUUGCCAAAAAAAAAACCCUGCAUAUUGUUGAUGCAAAUCUUGAGUGAACCAUGUUGUAUUUCCAGCACAUUGUGUAAUAUAAAAGCAAUAAAUGAAGGAUUAGUAGUGAUAUUAUAUUCACUAACCAACUGAACUUAUCAGUGCUGAAGAUGUUUUCAGUUUGAUACUGUAAAAGCAAAAUAUCAGUACUACAAACUGAGUGGGUGUAUUACAGUUAUUACUUAAAACGGAGUUCAGUGUCAUUGCAUAUGUAGUAUGUUUUACAUGCUACUUAAUCACCAGUGUUUUCAGGCCUUUUCUAAAACAUGGUUAUGGCCUUUUUAUCCCUGCUUGCUCUAGUAAUUUGCCAAAGAAGAAUAAUAAGGAUGUGAAACUGGUAGAUGGUUACUGAAACUUGAACUAUAUACAUCCAGACAUGCAAAAAUAAGUCAGAACAGUUGUAUCCACUGAUGGAAUUGCAUGUUAUGAGCUUUAGGAAAAAUGUGCCUUGUCCUGUUUAAACUGAACCAUGUCUUUUCUGUAGAUAAAUUAUUUAAACUGACAUCUGAAAUAUAGAAAUUAGUAUUGGUCCCCCUUCACAACUAUACACACACACACACACACACACACACACACACACACACACACACACACACACACACAUUGCUGGGAGUGUUGGAUUGGUCAGUUCUGUCGUUAUGCUUUGCAAUUAUGAAUACUGUGUAGGUGACUGUACUGUGGAAAUUUAGGCAAUGCUCUGUGCCUGUAAUAUGCUGCUGUGUCAUAUUACUCUGCUGUAAAUGUACUAGUAUGUUUUUUAAUUAAAGGGAUUGGAAUACAUUGUAUAUUUAUUAAACGAUUAAUUUAUAAUCA